GCACGUGCCUGUAAUCCCAGCUACUCAGGAGGCUGAGGCAGGAGAAUUGCCUGAACCCAGGAGGCGGAGGUUGCGGUGAGCCGAGAUCGCGCCGUUGCACUCCAGCCUGGGUAACAAGAGCGAAAAUUCCGUCUCAAAAAAACAAAAAACAAGAUCUCCGAGUGAUUCCUAUACACAAUAAAAGUUGAAAAGGCAGUGCUUCCCAAACGUGCCCAUCAAGGGAAUCUCUUGGAGGGUUUAAAAUUUAGAUUCCUCGGCUCCCUAUCUGAUGACUUGGAUUUAGAAGGUGUGGGACUUUCCAGAAAUUGCUACAAUUAAGCCCCUCUGGGUGACUAUUAUGGUCAGGCCAGCAUGGGAACUCCUGUUCAUUUUCCUCAGUCCUGUGUUCCUUGGACAAGACCAAGCCACAAAGCCAGAGAAAAACCUUUAGCUCCACAGUCGUGACAAGACAGCAGCUGCUCCCUUAGAAACAGGAACUCGGGGAAGGUGGCUCCUCGAUGGUCCGUGAUGCCGUCAGAGGAAACGGGUGGCUGUGAGAACCACAGAGUGUGCAGACGGAGCUGGAGCUCAAAGGACCCUGUGCCUGUGUCUCUAUGGUAGAGCUCAAAGGGCCCUGGGCCUUCCUCCUGGCUUGGCUGUGCUUGGGAGGGUUCCCUAGUCCAGAAUCCGUAAGGAGCAAGAGGCAGCUGAUCCAUCCUUGAUGUACAAACUGCCGACCGCAGAGGGACGCUGAGCUACCCAAACCAACACCUAGCCUCUCCCUGAAGAUCCUCCCAGGCUGGGAGAGUUCUGGGUGCCCUAGCACCAAGAACACUGGCAGACUUCCAGAAGGUCCCUCAAAACCAGAGCAUGCAUCUCAGCGGAGCCCUCUUCCCAAGCUUUUGAGGACAAACCAGUAAGUACACUUGGUUUUGUUUACAGGUGGCCUGGUGACAGGUGGAGAAGAAUGGUCUCCCUGGCCCAGAUUGGGACCGGGCUUUAUUUGCUGUUGGGGAAAAAAACGAGCUCAAGGAGAAAGGGAAGUGGUUCUACUGAGGCUGUAAAGAGGGGUGGUUUCUGGGGGUCCCAGAAGAACCAAGACCUAUCUGCUCCACCUUUGACUGCCUCUUGGAGCUUCCCUGCAGCUAGUCUCAUCUCGGUUGUGCACUUGCUGUGUGACUUUGGGCCCCUCUCUGUGCUGCAGUCAGAUUCCGAAGUCAGGAACGUGAGGGCUAUCAUCUCUCAAGACAUUUCAGCUGUAGAGCUUACAGUGCAAUCUCACUCUCAAAAGGGUGAUAUUUUUCAGCUGAGAGAGAGGGAGAAGUCUCCCUUUAACUCAAUCCAAAUUCAUUAUUAUUAUUUGAGUUGGGGUCUUGCUCUGUCACCCAGGCUGAAGUGCAGUGGCAGGAUUAUGACUAACUGUAGACUUGAACCCCUGGGCUCAAGCGAUUCUCCUGCCUCAGCCUCCCGAGUAGCUGGACUUCAGGCAUGUACCACCAUGCCAGCUAAUUUGUUAUAUUUUUGUAGAGAUAAAGUGGGUGGGGGGGGCGGUCCUCACUAUGUUGCGCAGACUGGUCUCGAACCCCUGGCCUCAAGCAAUCCUCCUGAGCCAGAAAACCUCCUGAAUUGCUGCGAUUAAAGGCAUGAGCCACCGUGCCUGGCCAAAUUCAUCACUCUUACCCCCAUCGCUGAAAAAUGAUCUUAAGAAGCACAAAAUACACAUGACGGCAGGCCCAGCCCUGCACGAAUGGGCUACAUGACCAGAAGCACAAGGUCCUCUCAGGGACUUGUUGGUCACUGUAUCUGAAAUGGGACUCAAGUGAGACAUUUAAAUAUAUAUAAAUAUUUAUGUUCUGGGCAGUGUGCUGAUCUCGGUGCCUUUGACUAACUUUUUCCUUUCACCCAGUGUCUCAUGUCCUCCGGAAAGUGCCUGGCACAUAGUAAGUUGCUCAAAAUUUUGUGUCAUUAAUGAUCAGAUGCUGUCUUAUAAAAGUUGUGACUAAUACUGCCUUCUCCUAGGCCUGCCCACCGCAUAGUCUUUAUUUUGCCCCUAGGGGCAUCUUUGCCUUAAUUUGCCCGAGUCCUUGCAGAGACUUUGGGGAGGCUUUCAGCCUGAGUAUAACUCCCCUGUCUGCAUCUGCCUUUGGGCCCAGCCCCCAGCUCCACCUGCGGCAGGAAGGAGCCUCUGGGUCUAUUGCAGGUGGUGAUUGUGGUCUUCUUGAAGGAGGGGAAAGGAAACUAAGCCUUACUGAGCACCCAUUCAGUGCCAGACUCCUGCAACACAGUCCUGUGGUGCCUAUAGAGCACCCUCAUUCACAGAUGCUUUGCCUGAGGCCACGCAGCUCCAACCAGGUUCAAGGGAGCACUCAUGCUACCCAAGGCAGAGGUUCUCUCCCUGGAGUUUCCUGGUCUUAGGAUUGUAAACAACCUCCUCAGGAGGAUUGCUUGAGCCUAGGAAUUUGAGACCAGCCUGGGAAACACAGCAAGACCCCCUAUAAUUUAAAACAAAACCAAAAAUCCUCCUCAAGAACAUCAGCGCCGUCUCAGUGUACCCAGGCUGCAGGAUCCUUAAGGUCUGAGCAGGAAGUGGCUUUCAGGAGCCAUUUCCAUGUGAUAUGCCCAUUCUGUGUUCAAGAGCUUCCUUCCAGAUGAAUGUUGAACUUCCCAUAGGGAGGCAGCAGCAAGCAGGUUUUUUUUUUUCUGAGACAGAAUCUUACUCUGUUGCCCAGGCUGGAGUGCAAUGGCAAUGGCAGAAUCUCGGCUCAUUGCAGUCUCUGCCACCCAGGUUCAAACAAUUCUUUUGCCUCAGCCUCCCGAGUAGCUGGGAUUACAGGCGCCCGCCACCAUGCCUGGCUUAUUUUUAUAUUCACCAUCUUGGCCAGACUGGUCUUAAAUACCUGACCUCAUAUGAUCUGCCUGCCUCAGCCUCCCAAAGUGUUGGGAUUACAGGUGUGAGCCUUCACUCCCGGCUCAUUUUUGUAUUUUUAGUAGAGACAGGGUUUUACCAUGUUGGCCAGGCAGGUCUCAAACUCCUGACCCCCAUGUGAUCUGCCUGCCUCAGCCUCCCAAAGUGCUAGGAUUACAGGCGUGAGCCACCACGCCUGGCCCAGGUAUUGUUAUUCCCAUGUCAAUUACAGGCUGAAGAAUAGAGAGGGCUGUUCCAGCCUCUAAGGUAGGAUCUUUACUCCCUGAACAGGACUGGCCCAGGAGGCCACAGAAAUCACUCCACGAUAUUAAUGAAUAACCGUCCUCAUCUAGGCAGUGUGGGAUUCAAAGGCAAGGAAGGAGCCCACUCUGUCACAACCCCAUCCAGUGAGCUGCUCCAGGGUACGAAGCAUGGAUUCCUCCUCCAGGGACCGCCAGCCCUUGGCAGGUGCCUGACACAGAGCAGGAGCUCCAUGAAUACCAGCUGCAUUGGGCCAAACGUGUAAUUGUGCCUUGUCCCUACUGUAAAGAAUGAAAUCAUCUGAAAAGAAAUACAAAACUCUGCCUCCCACUCCUCAAACAAAAUAUAGUGUUUGGGAAAAUCAGCACUACCCUGGGAAUCUGGGAAUUUAAACUAUUCUAAGGAUAAGAUACCUGUCUGAAGAACUAACAGUCUCAUUUAGUUAAUGUGUACCAAGUACCUUCUGUCAUGCCUCACUAAAUGCUGAGUAAUAGGCAAACAAAAGAAGUCUUUGUCCUUUUGCAGUUACAGGAUAGUGGCAGAUUAAACAAGCAAACUCUCAAAUGAAUAAUGAAAACUUUUGAAGAGAGGCUGGGUGCCAUGGCUCACACCUGUAAUCCCAGGACUUUGGGAAGCUGAGGUGGGAGGAGUUCAAGACCAGCCUGGGCAACAUGGCAAGAGCCCAUAACUUAAAACUUGCAAAGAAGCUGGUUGUGGUGGCAGCUAAUGCCUGUAAUCCUAGCUGAGGUGGGAGGAUCCCCUGAACCCAGGAGUUCAAGGAUGCAAUGAGCUAGGACCGUGCCACUACACUCUAGCCUGGGUGACAGAACAAGACCUCCUGGGGAGGCUCCCAGGAGAGGCCUCUGAUGAAGUGACAUUCAGGACGUGGUAAAGGAAACAUGGGGCUGGCUAGGGUUUUCAUGUGCAUUAUCUCUUGGACCUAUAUGUUGGAUGUCUUUAUCCCCAUUUUUCAGAUGAGGAAAAGGGGGCACAGAGAAGGGAAGUGGCUCAACAGUCAAUCCCCCAGAGCCCUGCAAGUCAUCACUGCAUCAUACAACCCAACCCCACGGUCCAUUUUUUUUUUUUUCUUCUUCGAGACAGCAUCUCACUCUGUUGCCCAGGCUGGAGUGCAGUGGGAUGAUCUUGGCUCACUGUGAACUCCAUCUCCCAGGAUCAAGCAAUCCUCCCGCCCUCCCACCUCAGCCUCCUGAAUAGCUGGAACUACAGAUGUGUGCCACCACACUCAGCUAAUUUGUGUGGGUUUUUUGGUAGAUAUGGGAUUUCACUAUGUUGGCCACGCUGGUCUUGAACUCCUGAGCUCAAGCAGUCAGCCCCCCUCGGCCUCUUAAAGCGAUCAGCCUCUUACUAAGUGCUUACCCCUGCAAUCCCAGCAACUCAGGAGGCUGAGACAGGUACUCUUACUUGGCUUUGUGACACCAAGAACAGUGUAUCCAUGUCGCCUUUGCUUGCUGUGACACCAACUCUCAAGCCUGCUCAGAUCCCCCUUGCAGACCUCUCUUUUUUUUUUUUUUUUUUUGAGAGGGAGUCUCUCUCUGUCACCCAUGCUGAAGUGCAAUGGCCCAAUCUUGGCUCACUGCAACUUCAGCAUCCCAGGUUCAAGCAAUUCUCCUGUCUCAGCCUCCCUCCUGAGUAGAUGGGACUACAGGUGCAUGCCACCAUGCCCAGCUAAUUUUUGUGUUAUUAGUAGAGAUGAGGUUUCACCAUAUUGGUCAGGCUGGUCUCGAACUCCUGACCUCAGUUGAUCCACCCACCUUGGUCUCCCAAAGUGCUGGGAUUAUAGGCAUCAGCCACUGUGCCCAGCCCCUCUUGCCGACCUCUGACCCAAACCACAGGUCCUGGUAUGCCUGGAGGGAGCUUAAUGUCCUGUCAUUGUCCUCUGCCACCCAGUAGCAGAGUAUGAUCCCAGGUCAGAGAAGAGGUUCUAAGUGAGCCAUAGGAAUUCAAAGGAGUGAUCAACAAAGGCUGGGGGGCUGGGAAAGCUUCCUGGGGAAGGAAGAUUGGGAUCCAAACAGGACUGAAGGAUAGGAGAGGGCAUGAUUGACCAUGGGAGGGACACAAGUAGAGGCCCAGAAAGAAAGCAUUGCGCCUGUUGUGGCAUAAAAAGAUGAGAUAUGCAGAAAACAGGGGUCCAAUGUGCAGGAAGCCUUCAGGGUCUGGCAGAGAGGCUGGAGCCUGGUCCCACAGGAGGGAGGUCAUUCACAUGCUCUGUGAGGAGAUAGCCAGGGCCGAUCUGGGGAGGGAGGGGUAUCUGAGAUCAGGGCAGGAGCCUCAGCUCUGUCCACAUCACGGUGUCUCUUUCAGAUUUCCCUCGAUGGUGUGCUUCUCUGUUCUCUGCUGAGGAACAAUGGGAAGUCUGCCCAGCAGAAGAAAAUGCCUGCCAAGUCCAAGCUUGAGCCCCUCUGUCCAAGGCCAGGGACCUGUGUCCAUGGAAGCAGAGAGAAGCAAGGCCACAGCCGUGGCCCUGGGCAGUUUCCCGGCAGGAGGCCAGGCCGAGCUGUCGCUGAGACUCGGGGAGCCAUUGAUCAUCAUCUCCGAGGAUGGAGACUGGUGGACGGUGCUGUCUGAAGUCUCAGGGAGAGAGUACAACAUCCCCAGUGUCCACGUGGCUAAAGUCUCCCAUGGGUGGCUGUAUGAGGGCCUGAGCAGGGAGAAAGCCGAGGAACUGUUAUUGUUACCUGGGAACCCUGGAGGGGCCUUCCUCAUCCGAGAGAGCCAGACCAGGAGAGGCUGUUACUCCCUGUCAGUCCGCCUCAGCCGCCCUGCUUCCUGGGACCGGAUCAGACACUACAGGAUCCAGCGCCUUGACAAUGGCUGGCUGUACAUCUCACCGCGCCUCACCUUCCCCUCACUCCAGGCUCUGGUGGACCAUUACUCUGAGCUGGCUGAAGACAUCUGCUGCCUCCUCAAGGAGCCCUGUGUCCUGCAGAGGGCUAGCCCGCUCCCUGGCAAGGACAUGCCCUUACCUGUGACUGUGCAGAGGACACCACUCAACUGGAAAGAGCUGGACAGCUCCCUCCUGUUUUCUGAAGCUGCCACAGGGGAGGAAUCUCUUCUCAGUGAGGGUCUCCGGGAGUCACUUAGCUCCUACAUCAGCCUGACUGAGGAGGCUGUCUCUUUGGAUGAUGCCUAGGCCCAAAGGAGAGGCAGAAAGGGAAACCAAGGCUGUGGCACCUAGAACCCCAAUUCAGCCCAACCUCCUAAGCAUGCUAGAGGCACGGCUGUGCACUCAGUGAGGGAGGGCUGGGACAGAGGUGCAUCCAGGGUCCUACCUGUACCUUGCUCUUUCCUCCCUUGGCCUUAGGAAGUCACCUACCUCUUCCCUGUGCUGUGGUCCUACCUGCAGCCUCUAGUCUGAGUACAGAAAAGUUGGGAGCAGGGCCAGGGUUCCAAAAAGAGAGUAAGCCUCCUGGGGGUGUGACCCAGCCAGUUCUUGAGUUUGGGGUUGCCAGUACCAUCUGGAUGCCCUGCCUGAUGAGUCCCAUUCCACAUCCCCACUAUUAACCAGGCCCCACCCGCAACGUAGAAACAACCCCUAGCAUCAAUGAGAAAAUCAUUUUCAGAAAAUUUACAAGUCCCGUUGAGACCACCACCACACUGCAGCAGGUUGGACUGUGGCCUAGAAGGGAAAGCUGAGAUGUCUUACCGUAACAGCAGAUCUUGGGUGGUCCAGCCUCUACGUGACACCCAGAGAAAAGAGAAAGACUUCUGAUAGUCUAGGUCUUCAAAUGUCCCCCACUGAGGACAACAGCCCCAACCCUCAGAUUUUUUUUUUUUUUUUUUGAGACAGAGUCUUGCUCUGUUGCCCAGGCUAGAAUGCAAUAGCGUGAUCUUGGCUCACUGCAACCUCUGCCUCCUGGGUUCAAGCAAUUCUCCUGCCUCAGCCUCCUGAGUAGCUGGGAUUACAGGCCCAUGCCACCAUGCCUAGCUAAUUUUUUUUGUAUUUUUAGUAGAGAUGGGUUUUCACCAUGUUAGCCACAAUGGUUUCAAACUCCUGACCUCAACUGAGCUGUCCGCCUUGGCCUCCCCAAGUGCUGGGAUUAUAGGUGUGAGCCACUGCACCCAGCUUAGCUCUCAGAUUUGUAUUUUAAUUUUGUGGCUUACCAUUCCCUAACAUACUGGCCUUGCCAUCUUGUGGCCAAAUACAAAAUAAUAUCUCUUAGGUCUAGCACACUGCAGAGAGGCCACCUUUCUCAAUGCUGGGCAGGGGCAUCAGAAGAUGCUAAGACCUCUCUCCACAAUGCCAAGACUGCAGCCAUAGCCUACACAAAACGCAGCCCCUGAUUUUCCUACUGCUCCCAUAAAGAGCAAGAGGUCUGCUGGAUCUGCUAAGGGAACAGGGAGAGGAAAAAAGAGGGACAAGGGUGGGAGGCACCACCUCUAGUGCUCCUACUGGGUUCUCAAGCUACAGGUGGGAUGGAAAAGGCUUUUUCAGGUAUCAACAGGUUCUCAAUUAAAGAGCUGAUUUAUUCAAGUAUCUGAAAA